UGUGAGGACAGAAAAUUUAUUAUUUUUAUUUAUUUUUUUGUUCAAACAAAUUAUUUAAGACUUGCUCAAAUAAAUGAAACAAUAACACAAUAAAAGUGCUCUCAAACACGUUUUUUUGAUAGUUUUCAGUCAAUUUCUGGGAUAAAAAGGCCGUUCUAAACGAGUGCCUUCAACGUGACAAAAAAAAAAUGCAAAAAGUUUAAUUGUCUGUAAUUUUUGGGCAAAUUUUUUUGUAAAAAAAGUGACAGUCACGCCUGUUAAACGACAAUUUGUGAUAGUUUAAGGCAAAAUAUUUAUUUGGCAAACAAAAGAAAAAUUUACAAAUAUUUGUAUGGGGAUCGUUUGACGUAAUAACGAGUGAUAUAAAAAAAAUGCAAAAAAACAGAAGAUAAUUAAAGAUCAGCUCACGUUUUUUAAAGGUUUUAAUUACACAAGUUUUGUGAAUUAUUUUUAAAUUUUCUUUUUCGAAAAAAAAGUGAAAGGUUAUUUUUAAAUUUUAAUUAAAAAAACCGAAAAAAACUUUAAAAAGGUUUAAAAUGGUUUUUCUGAUGUAUCCUUCAUCUGUCCAAGGACUUAUUGAAAAAGUUCCUGCGAGAUUGAAUGUUGCCAUCAUGUUGUUCAUGUCGUGUUUUGUCGCGUAUAUGGUGAGAGUUAACAUGUCGGUAAACAUUUUAGCGAUGGUUGAGCCUGAAUCGAAAAAUGGAACAGAAGCUGAUUUGCCAGAUUAUGGACCUCGUUACGAAUGGAAUGCACACGAUCAAGGAUUGAUUUUAGGAGCAUAUUUUUGGGGAUAUUUGACGACUUCGUUGUUUGGAGGAGCAUUAUCUGAAUGGUUUGGAGGAAGAUAUGUGAUUUUUUGGUCUUUUAUCUUUGCGGCGUUCUUCACGUUUUUAUCUCCGUUGUUGGCUUCGUACUCGUUUUGGUAUCUCUUUGGUAUUCGAUAUCUCAUUGGAUUUGUUGGAGGAGUAAUGUAUCCCGCAAUGCACAAUCUCGUAUCACGUUGGGCUCCAAAAGAGGAAAAAGGAAAAUUUGUUGCCACACUAUUAGGAGGGAAUUUCGGAACAGUAAUUACAUGGGCAGUUGUUGGUGUUAUUAUUGAAACGCUCGGAUGGAUAUGGGCUUUUUAUAUUCCUGCAAUUUUCAUUCUCGUCAUUGCUGUGCUUUGGUUAUAUCUUGUUGCUGAUCGACCUGAUAAACAUCCACGCAUCAGUGAGAAGGAAAAAGAGCUCAUUGCAACCUCAUUAGGCGAUACAGUUUCAACGGAAAAGCAAAUUGUUCCAUUUUUCAAGAUUUUAACGUCAAUUCCAUUCUUAGCGUUGCUCUUUUUGCAUUACGGAAACUUAUGGGGAUUGUUCUUCUUACUCACAGCAUCCCCAAAAUACAUGAGCGAAGUAUUGAACUUUAAAUUAUCGCACGCGGGAUUUCUCUCGGCAUUACCUCAUCUCGCAAGAGUCUUCUUUGGUUUGGGAUUCGCUGAAUUCGGAGACUAUUUACGAAGAAAUAACAUCGUUUCCGUGACAACAAUCAGAAAAUCAUUCACUAUUUUUUCACACAUCAUUCCAGCAUGUUUUUUGAUCGGAAUGGGAUUUGUUGAUGAUCCGUAUGUCUCUGUAGCAUUGAUGACGUUAUCAUUGGGCUUCAAUGGAGCAAGUACACAAACAAGUCUUCAAAAUUCACAGGAUUUAGCGCCAAACUUUGCGGGAACUCUUUAUGGUAUUAUCAAUUUUACGGGAACAACAACAGGAUUCAUAACGCCUUUGUUAGUUGCAUAUUUCACACAAUAUGAGAAUACUUAUGAACAAUGGAGAAAAAUUUUUUAUGUAGGAGCUGGUUUCUACAUAAUAACGGCAAUCAUUUUCAUGAUAUUCGGAACUGCCAAUAUUCAAAGUUGGAAUGAAAUUGAGACGAAAAAGGAAAAGGAUUCGGAAGAUACACGAGUCUAAGUUGUGAUAUUUUUAAUUUUUGAUUUUAUUUCAUUUUUAUUUAGUGUUUAAUUGCAAUAUAAGUUUAAAGUAAGCAAAUACAGAAGAGUUUAUCCUCUAAAUAGGACAAUUCUGCGUGAA